GGGCAAAGUAGUCACAUGAAAAAAUCGAAUCCCCAAAACCCUAAUUAUAUAUAUCAGCUGACAAACCCUAGACCGCGCUUUGCUUCCUCCUCGCCUGUCACUGCGUACGAGAUUCCCCUACGCCCCUUCCUCCACUCAGCUCCUCGGAGCAGUCUUCGCGACAAAAUGUCUUUGGUGGCAAACGAGGAAUUUCAGCACAUUCUGCGUGUGCUGAACACCAACGUCGAUGGUAAGCAGAAAAUCAUGUUCGCCCUUACCUCCAUUAAAGGUAUCGGUCGCCGGUUCGCCAACAUCGUCUGCAAGAAGGCCGAUGUCGACAUGAACAAGAGGGCUGGUGAAUUGUCUGCUGCAGAGCUCGACAACCUCAUGGUUAUUGUUGCCAACCCAAGGCAGUUUAAGAUUCCCGACUGGUUCUUGAACAGGAAGAAGGAUUACAAGGAUGGAAAGUACUCUCAGGUGGUCUCUAAUGCUCUUGACAUGAAACUGAGAGAUGACUUGGAGAGGUUGAAGAAGAUUAGGAACCACCGUGGUCUGAGGCACUAUUGGGGCCUCCGUGUCCGUGGGCAGCACACCAAGACCACCGGUCGCAGAGGGAAGACUGUCGGUGUCUCGAAGAAGCGUUGAGCUUCCAUCCUCUUUUAUGUUCUGGAACGAUCCACAAAUACUUUGGUCAGUUUCUUUUGUUUUCAAGAAUGUCUACUGCAGACCUUCUCUAGCUAUAUAUUUUCCUUAGUCUUGUUUGGAUUGGUUUUUGAUAUUUUUGCAUGGAUUAGCCCAUUGAAUGGAUAUGCAGUGAUGCUUUUUAUUAAAUUAAACGUACCAGUUUUGUUGCUAUAGUUUAGCAUGACAAUUUUUAAUGAAGGCCCUGUUGCACUUUUAA